UUUCAGAGACAAAAAUCUCACGCAUUUCCAACUUAAAAAUUUAUUUAAAUUGUUUUUUGUACCAACUUGGAUUUUUUCAAUUUAUGCAGCCUUCGACUAGUGCAGUUCAAAAUCUAGCCUCAAACAUUUUGGACGAAAAGGAUUUGGAGGAGGAAGAUGCCAAAUUUCUUCUAAAAGCUUUAGAAAAACAAGCUUUUGAACACGUCCUCUAUGCUUUUCGGGCGCAAGGGCCACUUACAAAAUACAAAGAACUUAUUCUUGAACACUUAAAAUCGGCAUUAUUCAUUACUGACCAGGAAUUUUCUUUGAAUCUGAGAAUUGCGGCGAAUAAUCCAUACUUAAAUGAAAUUGUUCAAAAAUUAAAUCCUUCUUACGACAAUUUUUCUGAAUGGUUAGCUGCUGGUUUGGACCUAACUGGAGCUGAAUUGGCUAAUUCUAGAAGGCAACAAUUAAAUAAUAAUUCAUCUUUGAGUGAUCAAUCAACCCAAAUCCUUCGUGAAAUUCGUCGUCAUAAUCGAAAUCUUUCUCGGGAAAGUUGUGGUGCUAGUGAAGCAAUUGCUGAACUUUAUCAACUUCCGAAACGGCCUUUUAUGCCUGAAAGACUUCGAAAAUUACUUCGAGAUACUGAAGCAGAUGGAGCUGUUGUUGAUAUCCCCACUGAAACAAUUAAAAAAGAAAAAUCAGAAAUAAUACCUCAAAUAACAACAAAAACCACAACAACAGCAACAACAAAACCAACAGUUGAAACAAAACAAAUUAAAAAAAGAAAUGUUGGGAGACCAAGAAAAUAUCCUAGAAAAGAAGAAACAAACAACAUUAACAACAACAAUGUUGAACAACAUAAACAACAAGAAAAACAUCAACAAACAAAAGAAGAAACACAAAAACAAAUAAAUAAUAAUAAUCACAACACAAACAACAUUAAUUGUUUUAAAGGAAAAAUUUGGGGGAAAAGACGUCCUAAUAGGUGGAAAGACUCAGAUGAUACAAUUAAAAAAGAAGAAAAAAUUGCUUCAACAUUUUCUUCUUCAAUUUUUGCAAAUAAAAUACCAGAGCAUUUAAACAAUUCAUUCAAACAAAUUUAUUCUUCUACUUCAAAUAAUUCUGUACUCAUUAAUAACCAUAUUAUUCAACCUUCAACAAGUACAAAUGUUACUAGUUGUUCAACUGAAGCAAUGGAAAAUUUGGCUGAUUUGGCAUUGGCACAAUUGGCGGAAUUCCCAUUAAUUCCGUCUUCGUCUACCUCAGUUUUAUCAUCUAUUUCAAUGCCUCCACCUCCACCUCCUCCACCUAUUACUUCAAUAAAUACUUCAACAAAUUCUACCCAAAUUUAUGGUAUUAGUAACAACUUAAAAUCAACAAUAACAACAAAAAAUGAAUUGUUUCAACAACCAAAUAAUAAUAAUAAAUUUAAUAGUCAACAUAAAAAAGAUGUUAAAAAUGAUUCUGAUAGUAUAGAUGAGAAAAUUGUAAAAAUUUUAAAAGAACAACUUGGUGCUGAAGGUACUUCAUUUGUUGUUAAUGCUUGUGCUCGUGUAAGACCUUUUGUAUUUGAACGGGAUAUACAAAAACAGAAACAACAACAAUAUGGAAAAGCUGAAAAUAAAAGCAACUUUCAUUAUUCAAAUCUUCUACUUUCUCGUAACUGCAAUAAUAAAUCUAUUAUUGAUAAAACAACAACAAAUAAUAGUUUAACAACAAAGUAUAUUUCACCAUCCUCUUCAAAUUGUGUUGAUAUUAUUGUUGAUGUUGUUGAUGAUAGUCAUUUAUACAAUGAAACAAAAAAUAAGGAUAAUUUGGAUGAUUAUAUACAAAUUGAAAAUGAUGAUAAUUUUAUAAAAAAUAAUUGUAAACAAGGGAAAGAACAAAAUGGAUUUGUUGCUGCUGAUGGUGGUAGUGGUAGUGGGGAAGAAGAAAUGAAAAUGGAUGUUUCAAGUGUGGUACAACCAUUACCUCCUACUACUACAACAACAACAUCAGCGCCAACUUUGUUUUCGACAAAAAUCAUUCAAAAUAUUCCAGGUUUGUUUUUAAAUUUUAUUUCUUAA